UUAAUUACACUGUCCCUUCAUUACAUUCAAGAUGAGUAACUUGUACUUGAUCUUGCUUCACAUUUUCUUAACCUUUGUGUUGACACAUUCAGCACCUAAAGGAUCUCUUAUAACCAAUGUUCCAGGCUUCAAUGGAUCUCUACCUUCAAAGCACUAUGGAGGGUAUGUGACAAUAGAUAAAAGUCAUGGUAAGAACUUGUAUUACUAUUUUGUUCAAUCAGAAGGAAAUUCAUCAAAGGAUCCAAUUGUUCUAUGGCUGAAUGGUGGACCAGGAUGUUCUAGUUUUGAUGGUUUCGUAUUUGAACAUGGUCCUUUUAAUUUUGAAAAACCUGUCACCAAGGGAGGUUUGCCUAAGUUGAAACUCAACCCAUACAGCUGGUCAAAGGUGUCAAACAUUAUAUAUUUGGACUCACCUGUUGGAGUAGGAUUUUCGUAUUCGAGAAAUGAAACUGAUUAUGGAACUGGAGAUGAACAAACUGCAUUAGACACACAUGUUUUUCUCCUUAAAUGGUUUGAAUUAUAUCCUGAGUUUCUUGCAAAUCCAUUAUUCCUUGCUGGAGAGUCUUAUGCUGGAGUUUAUGUGCCUACUCUUGCUCAUAAAAUAGUAAAAGGAAUUGAAGCUGGUAUCAAGACCAAACUGAAUUUCAAGGGUUAUUUGAUUGGAAAUCCUGUUGCUGAUGAAGAAUUUGAUGGCAAUGCUCUUGUUCCUUUUGCACACGGAAUGGGUCUUAUAUCUGAUCAAAUAUUUGAGGAUACAGUAAAAGCAUGCAACGGGACUUUCUAUAUAACAGAUUUCGAUCCUUGCAGCAAAUUAAUUUCAAAAAUACACAGUAUAAUUCGCGCCUUAAACAGAUAUGACAUUCUAGAACCAUGUUUUUAUGGUGAUGAGAAAGAAGAGAAUCACAAACACAAUCCUAAGUUGCCAUUAAGCUUUAGGCAAUUGGGCAAAACCGAAAAAUCUCUUCCGAUAAGAAAAAGGAUGUUUGGUCGAGCUUGGCCCUAUGGAGCUAUUGUGCAAGAUGGAAUUGUUCCAAGUUGGCCACAACUUAUCAGCAAUCUUAACACUGCACCUCCUUGCACCGACGAUGAGAUUGCUAUGGUAUGGUUGAACAAUCCAGAUGUGAGAAAAGCUAUUCACACUGUGGAGAAAAGUGUAGUUAGCGAAUGGGUCUUAUGUACAAGUAAAGUUAUAUACCAUCAUGAUCUAGGGAGUAUGAUCCCUUACCACAAGAAUCUUACUUCAAAAGGAUACUCGGCAUUGAUAUAUAGUGGUGAUCAUGACAUGUGUGUCCCAUUUACUGGAACGGAAGCAUGGACAAGAUCACUUGGAUAUAAGAUUGUUGAUGAAUGGAGACCAUGGUUAAUCGAUGAUCAAGUUGCAGGUUUUACACAAGGAUAUGCCAACAAACUCAGAUUUUUGACGGUAAAGGGGUCUGGACAUACUGUUCCAGAAUAUAAGCCAAAAGAGUCAUUGUACUUUUACAAGCAUUUUCUGGAGGGAACUCCUAUAUAAGAAACAAGAUAUCAGAGAGAGAGAGAGAGUUACUUCAUAUUAUUUUUCUUGUAUCUUUUAAACAUAUCAUCUUAUUAAUAAAAUUGUGACUUAUUGCAA